AUGAUGGUGAAUAUAACCAGUAAAUGCCUAUUAGCAUUAUUAGCAUUAUUCCAUAUAACUAGUGCAUUACAUUUUUAUGUUAAAACUGGAGAAACGAAAUGUUUUUAUGAAGAAUUACCAGAAAACACUUUAGUUGUUGGUAAGAUUGAUGCUUAUGAAAGAGAAGAAAAUAGUAACGAAUAUGUUAAGAGUGCAAAUUUAAAAGUUCAAAUCACCGUUGAAGAAACAUUUGAUGAUGAUCAUAGAGUUGUUGAUCAAAAAUCAUCUCCAAAUGGAGACUUCACAUUCACAUCCUUAGAUUCAGGAGAACAUAAAUUCUGUUUAACUCCAGUCUAUACUGACAAGACUCAUGGUAAAGUUCAUCGUAUCUUUUUCGAUGUUGCUCAAGGUUCUGCUCAUGAUUAUGUUGAUUCAAAAUCUACUAAAUCUGUAGAUGAAUUAACUAGAAAGGUUCAAAAGUUAUAUGAACAAUUAGAUAGAAUUCAUUGGGAACAAGAAACUAUGAGACAAAGAGAAGCUGAUUUUAGAGAUCAAUCAGAAUCAACCAAUUCUAAGGUUGUUAAGUGGACUAUUGUUCAAUUGGUGGUUUUGAUUGGAACUUGUGUUUACCAAAUGCGUCAUUUGAAGAGUUUCUUUGUUAAACAAAAGAUUGUUUAA